AUGACAUAUAGUCUCCGGCGUUCCGGAGAAAAGUUGAAGGGUGUGAUAAAAAUGGCUCGCUGGCUACGGAAUCAAAGCGGUGGAUAUACUGGUGAGGGAAAUGGCUCUGGCCGGUGUCAUCUUUUAGAGCUGCCCAUAGAGCUGCUGCUGGAGAUCAUGUCACAUUUGACUGAGGUCCCACAGGCAUCUCUAGCGCUCACCUGCAAGAGUCUCUUUGUCAUUUCUGGGGCAGUCUUCGAAAACGAAUCACUCCAUUUCAGUCGAGACUUCGCACCUCUCUUUCACCAUUACCGGAACGGACAUAACUUCCUUACUCCCCGAUGGCAACUCAUCAGCCUGCUCGAGGAUCACAAAUGGCAAGCAUGUUCUGGAUGUCUGAAGCUUCACCCUAGAAGUGCAUUCACAUCGCGAGAACUGAAACGGAAACCGGAAGACCGUGUCUGUAACCUGGGAGAGCUGGCUGGUGUAGUCGACUUGUGCCCGUGCAGAAAGUUGACUUACCAGGACAAGAUGGACCUCAUUGAGCUUCUAAGAUUGCGCCAGCAGUCGAUAAGUCUCCUGAAUGCAGAGUUUGGAAACGGUGUUAGAGAACGUUUUUGUUGGCAUUCCUGUACUCAGGAUUACGGGUCGACAGUAUUGAAUAUCAGCAUUUACCCUGAGUUGGACCAACAAGAUAAACUUCAAAUACGAACCGAGUACCGCCUUUCGAUUGAGGCAGGCCAACUGGGGAAAGAGGAGAACAUGACGCCACGAUUUGGGUGCGCGCAUCGGUCCGUCGACCUAUGGCUUGCUAGUUCUUGUCAAACCUCCGUCUGUCGGCUUCCUAGGGAUAUUUGCGCUUCCUGCAAGCGAAUAUCCAUCUGCAAUGCCUGCAAUGCCUUCUUGAAAUGCCCACACAAGCAGCCAAAUCAUUCCAAUGGCCGAGCGAACUACUUCUUCUGGGUCCAGCGAUGCCUCGGCAGCGCUUCCCCGGUCCCUGAUUCCGAAUGGGCAAACCAGAGAAUUCACCCUGCCGCACCGUCAGUUAAUAUUGACACUUGCAGCGAAAUGUGUCCUUGGACUGUCCGCGAACACCCUCCUCCCGAGGGGCCACCGUCCCUGGGAAUGGACAUAAUCGACUCCGCGGUGAAUGAUCAAUCAUUCAACCAACUAUAUUCCUCUAUACACAUGAUUUGA